AUGAGAGAAUAUAAGCACGCUCUGGUUUUUGAGCUCGUGAAAUUGGAGAAAAACGGGAUGCUCUUAUUGGCAUGUAAGGACGAGAAAGGAGAGGAACUCGUGUGGGUGCCGAGUGCUAGUGAAUGGCGAAAAAAUGAGCACUUCGUGGACAAGGACACCGGGAAAAAGUGUUACCGAGACGCCGUUGACAACACUAUCUACGAAUGGGACGAGGGCAAAAGCGCUUGGUUUCCUCUCAUAGACGAAGAUUUCCUCGCAGUUUACCAAAUGCAGUACGGGAUUGCGAACGAGGACGAAGAAAAAGUGGAGGAAAAGGCGAAGGAUGAGGAACCGGAAAAGCAGGAGGAGAAACCCACGAAGAAAAGAAAACCUGAAAAUCCAACCUGGUUUCAAAUAGAAGCCGAGAAGAAUACGAAUGUUUAUGUACAAGGUCUGCCCUUAGAUAUUACGGAGGAAGAAUUCGUAACGACCAUGUCAAAAUGUGGUUUGGUGGCAAAAGACCCGGACUCAGGAAAAAUGAAGGUGAAACUUUAUUUGAAUAAAGACGGCAAAGUCAAGGGUGAUGGACGCUGUUGUUACAUUCGCCGGGAAUCUGUCGACCUCGCCCUUCAAAUUUUGGAUGGCUACAACCUCCGAGGAUUCAAUUUGAAAGUUGAGCCAGCUGAAUUCACGCAAAAGGGAGAAUACGAUCCUACGAAAAAGCCGCGGAAAAAGAGGAAACAGGAAAAGGAGAAACUGAAGAAAAUGCAGGAGAAACUUCUGGCUUGGAAACCGGAUGAGCUCAGAGGACAGCGUCCAAGGAGCGACAAAGUCGUCAUCAUGAAGAACCUAUUUGACCCUGAAACUUUCAAGAAAGAUCCAAAACUCAUUUUAGACGUGCAGACGCAAUUGAAGAGCGAGUGCGAAAAAUUCGGCGGCGCGAAAAAGGUGGUGCUUCACGAUCGGCAUCCCGACGGCGUGGCGGAAGUAGUGUUCAAGGAAUUCGAGAAUUCCGACUUGUGCGUGCAAAUCAUGAACCGGCGACUCUUCGGCGACCGGCGCCUCAUCGCCGAGUUGUGGGACGGUAAAACGAAAUAUAGGAUAGAGGAAACGGAGGAAGAACGCAAGGAACGGCUCGGGCAAUGGGAAAAGUUUCUAGAGUCUGAUGAGUAGCGAUCUCGUCGAGAUUAUAUAUGCAUAUUUUGUUUCUUUUCUUGCGAAUAAACCCAUUUUUCACGCAACUCCGUAACCAA